AUGUCUGGAAAUUUGAAAUCCUUGAAGGAUGAAAACCCAGAUUUGCAGAAGCAAAUUGGGUGCAUAACUGGAUUUUUUCAGCUCUUUGACCGUCACCAUUUCCUCGCCGGCCAACGCUCUGGCAUCUACCUUCAGCACAGGCCUCCUUCAGGCAAAUGGUUAAGCAAACAAAUGCGCUUUUCUAACAACAUUAGGAAAGCAAAGAAUAUGAAGAGUGCAAGAGAAAAGCAACAAUUCUCCACAGAAUCAUCCAAAACUUCUUUGUCUUCAUCCUCUUGUUCAUCUAGCAUGUCAUCCCUUGAGUUUAACAGAACAAUUCAGAUGCAAUCAUCAUCAAGAAAUCAAACAAGAAUUCCUGAAAACACAAAAUCAAAAGUAGCAAAGAAGCAAUUUGAUACCCCCCGCCAACAAUCCCACCAUUUUCAUCAUAUUGUCAAAGACUCAAUGCAUAAAGAAGCUGAAGGAUUGUCUGUGAAAACUGUAGCUGAAGAGGAAAAGAAGGGUCAGACCUUGAAACUCAUAGACUCUCCCCGGCCUUUCCGGUCACACAAAUCUGUCAAUGCAGGAGUUGCAGUUGCCAGUGAACCAUUCCAUACUCUUGCCAGGUCCAGGAAAACACCUUGGGACUCACCACGGCUCUCUUAUGAUGAAACAUUCAAAUCUGCCACAAAGCAUAAGGAAUUCCCAAGGCUUUCCUUGGACAGCAGAGAAGGGUCCAAUAGAGGUUACAACGAAGGAAACAAGUCUCGCAACCUGUUGAAGGGUCAACAGAAAGAUUAUGCAAAGAACUCUGGCACAAUGAUUAACCAGCUGCAAGAACCAGAUACUUCCAAAAGAUCUUCCAGUGUUGUAGCUAAGUUGAUGGGACUUGAAGCCCUCCCGGAGUGUACACAAACUCGUGGGAGUCCAAUUGGAAAUUCUAGUUGCUCUACCAAAAAGAAUGAGCUCUUGGCAAGAUCUAGCACAAGUGAUGAAGAUAAGCAGCAUCAAAAGUUCACCUUGCCACAGUUUAGAAAGGCUGAUUCAAUCACAAAUGAGAAGCCAUAUUCACGAUUUGCAUUAGAAUCAACUCCUUGGAGGCAACCAGAUGCAAUCCAAAGUUCUCAAUUACAAGCUUCCAAGGGUUGUGAAUCUGAUGUAAAAGUCUCAAAGACCUCUCUCACUGUAUACGGGGAAAUUGAGAAAAGGGUGGCAGAACUUGAGUUCAAAAAGUCUGGAAAGGAUCUCAGAGCCCUUAAACAGAUUCUUGAAGCAAUGCAGAGACGUAAAGAUUCGCUAGACAAUGCUAGAGAUCAGGCUUCAAAUUCUACAUCUGACAAUAAGAAUGGUACUAAUUCCAAUGAAAGCUCGAACUUACAAAGCCCACGAGUACGACAAAAAGACCUGGCAUCUGUCACGGUUGAGAUGUCAAAUUCUACCCGGCAUAGCAAAUUGCCAAUUGUCAUCAUGAAACCUGCGAAAGUUACUAGCAAAGUCAAUAAUCCUUCUCCUACAGAAUUAUCAGUUCAUGGUAAAUCUGGUCUCAGCAAGAGUUCCCCAAGUAAUCCAACAAAUGCAAGAUUGGUUGACAAGCAUGGUGCUAAAGGCAUAAGUUCAACAAAAAAUGUCAAGGAUCCUCUUGGCCAACAAGUUCGUCCAUCAUACAAAAACAACACCAGAACUUUAAAAUUGAUGCAAUCCUUGAAAGUUUCUCAAGACAGCAAUGGAGAAUGCACCACCAAUUCUGGUUAUAUAACAGUGACUGGGAGCCCCAGAUCACAGAAGAAGUGUGGUCUGGAGAGGUGUUCGCAGGCAACAAGUCCAACAUCAGAUUCCUGCAUUAACAAAAGAGAGCACAAUAGGCAACCUGUGGAAUUGUCUUCUCCAAGUACAACGCCAAGACAAAAGUUCUCCAGUUUGCAGCAAAGAAAUGAACGUUUCAGUGAGAUUAGCUGUAACUGGAGGGAUCUUAAGCACCAUGUUAAUGUCAUUUCGGACUUUGAUGACAAAAGCAGCUCGGCCAGUCACAGUGAGAUAGAAGUCAUUCGAAUUGAUCAAUCUGGAAAGAUCAUUAGCUCCUGCAUCCAGCUGAGUUGCAUGAAUCAAAAUAAUGAAUUUGAAGAGUUGAGGAAGGCUGAGACAAUGGUUACUGCAGAUCAACCAAGUCCUGUGUCCGUUCUUGAUACUGCAUUCUAUAGAGAUGACCCUCCAUCUCCAGUGAAAAAGAAAUCCGACAUCUCAAAAUAUUUAGGUGAAUCUCUAAGCACUGAUGAUGAUAGUGAAGAGAACUCAGCGGAUAUACUUCAAGAAAUUGACUGGAUUGAAGAGAAACUCCUCAAUUUCAAUAACAGUAAGCAUCCUGACCAUAAGUAUAUAAUAGAAAUACUAUUAGCAUCAGGUCUACUCAGUGGCCACAGCUCUAGCCAGAUAUUUCAUUCGCCGGGUCACUUGAUUGAUCCAAAGUUGUUCUUUGCACUUGAACAAAUGAAAACAAAGAAGAGACAUUUUAACAUUGAAGACAAUGCCAAGAAGAUUGCCAGGAUUAUAAAUCCUGAGAAGAUGCAAAGAAAACUCAUAUUUGAUGUUGUCAAUGAUAUUUUAGUUCAAAAGCUGAUAUUGGAUAGUUCUUCUGCAUUGUGGUGCCAACCAAAUGAGUUAGCAGGCAGAACACCAAAAGGACAGCAGCUUUUGGAUGAGCUGUGCACUGAAAUAGAUCAGUUGCAACCUCAAAAUGGGCAUAUCAGUUUAAUUCAGGAGGAUGAGAAUUUGAAGCAUUAUCAUGCAAUUUGGACUAACUGCUGCAAUGAGAUGCCAAAUAUUGUGUUGGAUAUUGAACGUUUGAUCUUUAAAGAUUUGAUAACUGAGGUUGUGAGAGGCGAAGUAGCAAACGAUCCUGGUAGACAUUGCAGGCAAGUAGUGUUUUCAAGUAGGAACUUUAGCUAA